UGUGGUAGGAGCAGGGACUGCGGUCAUAAACAAACACACGCAGUACAGUCCUUACUCUCUUAUGGAGCUCUCUUCUGGCGCUUUGGCAGCACCGGCUGACUUUCAUUAAAGCGGACCUUCUUCACGGACCGAGCUUUAAAGUUAAUACAGGUUCGAAAAGAAUCCAGCACUUUGUCGAAAAAAAACUCAAGGAUUUGUAUCCCCGUUUGCCUCCCUCCCCCCUUUUCCCGGACGGAGGCGGUUUAUGUGACACAUUAACGUCCCGGCAGCGAAACGAGCGAAACAUGACGGAGCUGAGGAAGCGAGGUGGAGGCGGAGGAUACCCUGACAGCACCGACAAUAUCAGCGACAAGGAAGCAGAUCUGGACGACAGGCUGGGCACAGACGGAGAAUUUGACGGUGACUCCAAAGCAGACACUCCAGAUGUCCCUCUCUCCACAGCGGACACAGAUAACACUCCACAAUACCUGAACAAAGCUCUGGAGGGCCUGCCGCCCAGAUGGAAGAACUACUGGAUACGAGGAGUGCUGUCUAUAGCCAUGAUUUCUGGCUUUUUCCUCAUCAUCUAUAUGGGACCCAUCGCUCUUAUAUUAAUUGUCAUGACUGUCCAAAUCAAGUGUUUCCAGGAAAUCAUCACCAUCGGCUACAGAGUUUACCAUUCCUAUGAGCUGCCUUGGUUCAGGACACUAAGCUGGUACUUCCUGAUUUGCGUCAACUACUUCUUCUAUGGUGAAACCCUGGCAGAUUACUUUGGGGCUCUGGUGCAGAGGGAGGAGCCUCUGCAGUUCCUGUCUCGCUAUCACCGCUUCAUCUCCUUCGCUCUGUACCUCGCAGGUUUCUGCAUGUUUGUGCUGAGUUUAGUGAAGAAACAUUACCGCCUGCAGUUUUAUAUGUUUGCUUGGACCCAUGUGACCCUGUUGAUUGUGGUAACUCAAUCCCACCUUGUCAUUCAGAACCUGUUUGAAGGAAAGAUCUGGUUCAUUGUCCCGAUCUCCAUAGUGAUCUGCAAUGACAUCAUGGCCUAUCUAUUUGGAUUCUUCUUUGGGAGGACUCCACUGAUCAAGCUCUCACCCAAGAAGACCUGGGAGGGCUUCAUCGGGGGUUACUUCGCCACAGUGGUCUUUGGCUUCAUCCUGGCCUACCUGCUGUCUCAGUGCCAGUACUUUGUGUGUCCUGUGGGCUUCAACAGUGAGACCAACAGCUUUACAGUGGAGUGUGAGCCCUCUGAGAUAUUUCUGAUGCAGGAGUACACGCUCCCUGCUGCGCUGCAAAACAUACUGACAUGGAAAACGGUGAACCUGUACCCCUUCCAGAUCCACAGCAUCUUCCUCUCCUCCUUCGGGUCUCUCAUCGGGCCUUUCGGCGGCUUCUUUGCCAGCGGCUUCAAGAGAGCCUUCAAAAUCAAAGACUUUGCCAACACCAUCCCCGGACACGGCGGCAUCAUGGAUCGAUUCGACUGUCAGUACCUGAUGGCCACCUUCACACAUGUCUACAUAGCCAGCUUCAUCAGGGGGCCGAACCCGAGCAAGGUGCUGCAGCAGCUGCUGAUGCUUCAGCCCGUACAGCAGCUCGGCGUCUUCCACACUCUGCACUCCCACCUGAGAGAGAGGGGCAUGCUCCCCCCAGCCGCCGCCCCCCAGGCUGAAUGAGAGGCCGCCUGCUUCGCUGGGUCACGACUGGAGAGUGUGUGAUGGCUUUGGAAAGUUUGUGUAAGCUUGUACACAUACACACACACUCACACACACACACACACACACACACACACACUCACACACACACACACACACACACACACUCUUAGGUAUGGCGUCAUCGUCAUCCUGCCGACUCUGCAUUCGACUUCCAACCAGCGCAAAAAUCACAACUUUGAACCUUUGGUGACUCUCCAGACUACUUGGAAAUACCUUGUAGCAAAAAAAGAAACACACAAUACCAACAACAAUAAAAAGAAAUAGGCUGCUUCAUUGCUUUUUUUUUACGUGGACCUGCGCAUAAACUUCAACAUGCUUCACGGAGAACAGACAGUCCCCAUCCUGAAAAGGUACAGACGGAGCUGUUUUCUGGAACAAACGGACCCUUGAGCACAUGGCUUUCUCGGCGCCAGCGGAUGUGCGGUUUACCUGUGGACGGCAAAUAUUGCACUGACUUUAGCUGAAGAAACACAUUUAAGAAGCUUUUACCAGCAGAAACUGGGCCCAAAGUGUCGGGCACGCGGACCUGAGCUACAGCACACGGACUGUGGAGACUCGUCUUUCUGGUCUGGGUUGUCUGAAUACUGUCGACACUGUUUUAUAUACUAUGCUCUAUUUAAUGGUCCUAACGUCACAGCGUAACAAAACAUGUAGCAUGUACGCAAGUCCUGUUUUGGGCUACUGCUGAACUAAGCCAUGUUUAUUCUCUUCUUCCACAGCGUGAACUCUUAGCUUUUAGGUUUUGUCUAAAUCUAAAUAACUCGCACAACUUAAAGUCAAUAAAGAUUGACGGUAGGCAUGUUAACGCAGAAACUAGAGCAUCAGCACUCAAGUUAAUGGAUUUGUAUAUAAAUAUACUGAAAAUAUUUAGCUAAAUAAAUAUCUAAUACAUAUUCUAACUACUUGUGUGACCUGCUGAGGAAAAGAAAAAAAAGACUUUUAAGCUAUGAGAAAAAUAUAUGCAAAACUAGAUAUGUGACUUGUAGCCUUUAGCAUGAACAAAUUAGAUUUAUAUGAGGUAGGGAAGUAGAUUUGAUCUAUGGUUGCUGAUUAUUUAAAGGGUGUGCUGGGUGAAGCUUUACGAGAGUGCAUAAAGGAUUUAUAGGAAUAGUUGGACAUUUGGGAAAUGCGCUUAACGUUCCGUUUAAUUGGUUUAUACCACUCUUUUCUGUAGCUGGAAGGUUAAAAGCAUAACGAUUUAAGACGUUUUCUCAAAUCUGCCGACCAACACACGUUAAAAGUCACUAAUUAAGAAAAGCUAGCAUUGCCAUUUUAAAGGGGCUCUCAUAUGCCUUUUGAGUUUCCUUUCCUCUUGUGUAUUAUACAAGUUUACUUGCAUGUAAAUGUUCUAAAAGGCUAAACGCCAUAAGUUUGAAACACCUCCACUUGACUCCUUUGUUUACUUCUGCACUGUUAAACUCACGCCUCUAUUGGCUAGCGCUCAAACACAUUGUACGUGAUAGGCUAAGGGUCUUUAAGUUGACCAAGCACAUCUGGUUUCAGACGGAGGGUGAAAAGAGGUGCUGCAGCACAGGCAGUAUGAGAAAAAUAAGACCUUUUUCAACAUAAGAGCAUGUGAAUGUGUCACAGUAGAGGCACAAAAUACAAUUAUGAAACCUUGAUAUGAGUACAAUAGGGUAGAAUGUUGUUUUGUGGUGCUUAAAAUGGAUAAAUCCAUUACUUCAGAAAUGUAAAAUCAAUCUCUUCUCCUCCAUUCUUCUUAAUGUCAAUGCAAGAAUUAGGUAGAACUUUUUUAAAUUGUUUUUGUAUGAUUUAUCUACGGUGAUUUAGAGGCAAAACAGGUAUUACGUUAUGUUUCCAGUCUUUAAUGCUAAGCUAGGCUAAUGGCCGCCACACUGGCCUAGAUACAGGAGUGCCAUAUUGAUCUCAUCCAUCUCUGGGACAGAAAGCGCAUUUCCCAAAAUGGUGAGGUAUUCCUUCAUAAAGACUGUGCUUCCGUUAUAAAAAUGUAACCAAUGAUUUUAGUUGCACUGUAGCGAUAGGGGGGUGGUGUGAGGAGAAUUCAUCGGACCACUCUGAAGGUUCCCGCAUCCUCGGACUCGAUGUGUGUUUUAAAUGUUUAAAAAUAACUUUUUUUAAAUCUUCUUAGGCAUUAAAUCUCUGUUAAAUUAUUACGUUCUGAAUGUAGAUUGCAAUAUAGGAUGUUAUCAAUGAUAACGUAAGAUCUCUAUACAACAUGUGUGCAUACACAGUGCUGUAUUUCCACAUAUCUUUAAGUAUAUACAAAUCGGACGGGCAGUGGUUUUAUGAGCAAUAUCUUAACAGUUUCUUAGAACGUGAUCAUUGAGUUCCUCUGGAAAUCAUCUUCAUUCAUGAUGAAUGAAUGAAGAUGAUGCAUAUAGGCGAGUUGAUUCGCAGCACCAUGCGGGCUGAUGAAAUCCUCUGAAUCCUUUAUUCAGAGAGAAAUGUUUACCAAAGCACUGUCUGAUUAUCACUGAUUUCCUUACUUUGCUAACAUUUGCAUCUGUGGCUUGUGCAAUUGCUUUCACUCUAUCCUUCCUCCAGGUGUUGAACGAGGAUGUUCUCAUUUAUUUGGUCAGUUUUUUCUGUUCAUGUUUCCCUCAUAGAAGUGCAUUUUAGGGUGUUUUCCCCAUAAGAAGUGAAUGGGGGUGCUGCUGGGUGGACUGUUGGGACCAGCUGUAUUGUACUGUAUACAUAUCUGACUUAAGCCUCUCUGUGGCAAAACACACACUACUGCUUCACACACUUUUCUGUGGUUGACCUUCACUGUCCAGCAAGAUGAAGUAAAGCAUAUAUCCACACGGACGGUGAUCACACUAAAGCAUUACGACCAAAACUCAACUCAAGACAGCAGGUCGCCAAAUGAUUUGGAUUAUUUGGAGUGUGCCACCGGAAUAACUAAACACUAAGUGAAUCUGUCAAAAGAUCAAAGCAUUUAAUAACUCUAAAGUGAUUUAAAACGUUUACAUUUUAAGGAUGCGAUAGGACUUUGAAACAUGGAAAGUAUAAAAAAAAGUUAUACAAAUAUAAUCUGCCUCAAUUAAUGGUUCUUUUUAUUUUAAAAUGAAUACAUGUACAAUUGUUCAACCAUUUAACCUGGUUGUAUUGAUCAAAUAAACAAUUCCAUUUAUUUAUUUUUAAUCAGUCGUUUCACAGUUUAGUUUUUUUCUGUAAAUGUCAGGAAAAAAAUCCCUUUUGAGAAGUUUUUAAUGGAUAAAUUAGUAGAUGAAAACAAUUGAUUAUUACAUUUUAGUCAAUUUGUUAGAUAAUUGUGUCAGUAUAAACGGAAUAAAAAAUUAAAUGUAGGUAGUUUCCAAAUGCAUUUAUUUAAACCAACAUUAUUUAUUCUUAAAGGACAAACUAUUCAUUUGCAAAAAUAAACGUUUAAAUAGUUUUUAUCAAAUACAUUAUAAUAACAGAGGAUUAAGGCUGAUGUGAUCAUUUUGGAGAUAUGACGAAAAGUGAUUUUUUUUUUCUUUUUCUCAAUUUUGAUUUAAAUCUCAAAACAAUCACUUUGGGUCGCAUUUAUAUAUAUAUAUAUAUAUAUAUAUAUAUAUAUAUAUAAAAAGAGAAACAUCUGGCAUUAAUCGUCUUCCAUACAUCAUCAAUCAUUUAUUUCAACGUAAUUAUUUCAGUGUCACUUUUUAUUAUAACUGAGAAGUGUAUUAUUACAUUGGCACAUUCCACAGAUUCACAGUUGCCGUUUGAAUUGGAAUGAAGUUGUUGUGUGGACUCAUUUUAUAUCUGUAUUCAAGUUAUGAAGGUAAAGCACAACCGUGAAGAUAGGAAAUAUACGUUUUGUAACCCAAAUGUCAGGUAAUGAUGCACUGCAUUUGGUUCCUUGUCUUUUUUUAUUUAUCAUUUUGUGAAUAUUUUUGUUUGAUUUGAGCAGGAAUGUUUUCUAAUGAAAAUCUUUAACUUUUGGAGGGGAGAAGAUCAAAAAUGACACAGGAAGUAUGCUUUUAAUAUCGGGGCAAUACAAAGUAAUGUAUAAAAACACAUAUUGAUAUCUUGUGAAGCUGUUUACUGUUUGGAGGUAAAUAAAGUUUGUUUUUCUGUAAAA